AACACAAUGAGCUCGUCGGCGCGAUAACGGGCGAGAAGGGGUCGCGCAUGACGUCACCGAAGGGCAUGGCGUCUAUUUAUGAAUGCCAUCGUCGGUCCGUUUGUCACUCAGCCGCCCGGCCAGAGACAGCUCACACCAGCACACAGGGAUACUGAAGGCACAGCAUCUCGACUCGAGUACAAGAAAUACCGUAUACCGCCAUGAGUAGGAAGGAAGUUCAGAAGAAGCAGAGGCAGGUGCCUUACUACAACAUCAUUGAUGGCGUGCCCCGAGGACCGUACUGUGAGCCGGAAUGCUUGCGCAACGCUCUCAACUUCAAGCCGCGCGACGGUGAUGUGAUCCUUGUGGCCUACCCAAAAUCGGGGUCACACUGGGUUCAGCAGGUCAUGCUCCUGAUCCUGAACAAGGGCGAGUCAGCCACGGAUUAUUACGACCACAUUGAGAAGGCUGCUUUCAUGGAGAUGAACGGAACGCCGGAACUCUUGGACAAAAUGCCGUCCCCGAGAAUGAUGCGCACCAACCUCCCGAUCCUGAGUCGAAACUCGUGCUACAAGAACGCGAAGUACGUCUACAUGGCUCGGAACCCAUGGGAUUGCUCUGUGUCGUUUUAUCAUCACGUCAAAGGAAUCGCGAAGUUCCGUUUCGAGAACGGAAGUUUCGAGGACUUCCUCGACUGCUUUCUCGAGGGAAAUUUCGGAUUCGGAGACUACUUCGACCACAUUCUGGCCGGCUACGAGAUGAGGAACGAGCCGAACGUAUUCUUCAGCACCUACGAGCAGUUCAAGCAGGACACGCCCGGAAGCAUCCGAAAGCUGGCGUACUUCCUUGGCGAAGAGUACGGCAAACUGCUGGACAGAGACGAGAACAUCUUCAAGCAGGUCAUGGAGAAGAGCAGCCCUGAGUUCAUGAAGAAGAUUAUGGAGUUCGAGUCGACAGACUCCACCGACGGGAAGCAGCAGGACGUGAAGGUGUUCAACUUUGUGCGUAAAGCCAAGGUGGGAGACUGGAAACAUUACUUCAACCGGGAGCUCCUGCAAAAAAUGGCUGCCAAGAUCGAAGAGAAGACGAAAGGGUCGGACAUCAUGGAUCUCUGGAAACGACCCACGGAGCAGGAUUUAUAAGCGGCGUCAUCUUCUUGGAGAUUGGAGGGUGAUUAAAUAAACAGUCGUUUAAUUGUC